AUGUCUUCAAGUUACUAUCCAGUGGCCUUUUGUUUCAACCUGAAGGACUUUAGCAUUUCUUUUAGGGAAGAUCUAUUGGUAAUUCAGUCCCUCAGCUUUUGUUUGUUUGAAAAUGUCUUAAGUUCUCCCUUAUUUUUGAAAGUUUUGCCAGAUAUUGAAUUCUUGAUUGAGUUUUUUUUUCUUUUAGUACUUUUAAGUAUGUCAUCCCACUUCCUUCUAGACUCCAUGGCUUCUGGUGAAAGAUUGGCUAUUGAUCUUAUUGUAGAGCCCUUGUACAUGAUAAGUUGCUGCCCUCUUGCUUCUUUCUACAAUUGUUUCUUUGUCUUUUGA